CGAUCGCAACCGACUUUGCUGCAUCGACGCGCUCAACUGCAAAAGACAAAGAAGAAGAAAACGCGCGGGAUAUUCAUAGUUUGGGAUAAUCCCUUAUGCUCGACGCCGCGCAGUUCUCGACUCCGCGGGGCGCCGCGCGGCGUGUCGGGUCCCUCAGUCAAGGACCGCCUCCGGGGCCCACCGACCACCGGUUCACGUCCCCGAGAGGGUCCGCCCCGUCCUUCCGAGUCCCGUCGCCGGUUGUCGGCCACGAACCUGUCUUGUACUCGUCGGACGAGAGCGACGAGACCCCGACCCGGCGACCGUCGCUGGUCAAGACGUCGGACGUCUUUUCACUCACGCGCCACAACCGCUUUGAGCAGGUGGAGGCGAUGUUAGCGAAGGGCCUUUCCGUCAACCUCCAAGAUGCCUACGGUAACUCGCUCCUCAUCAUUGCGUGCCAGAACGGUCUCAAGCGGCUCGCCAAGAUGCUCCUCCGGCGCGGCGCCAACAUCAACCUCCAAAACGCGCGGGGCAACACACCGCUGCACUACUGCUUUGCCUACGGGUACGGCGAAACCCUCGGCGCCUACUUGAUCUCAAAAGGCGCCGACGUGACGUUGCGCAACGAAGACGGCCUCGAGUGCUACUACGGCAUCAAGCCGCCCGUUCUGUAGCCCUUGGUAAAAUAGAAACCCUUGCCCCACAUCAAUGUCCUUGCCCCACAUCAAUUCCCUUGCCCC